AAACUGCUCACCAGAAAGAGUACCCGAAAUUAAAGAAACAACUCACCAGAUUACCCAAUUUCAAAAUGCAAAGAAGCUACAAUGUUUGGAUGAGUUGAAAGAGUUAUUUCAACAAACCUAUCUGGAGAGCAAUCACUCUAACAAUGUCAAAAUUUCAAAUAGACCCUUCCUUCUAGGGCUGACACGAAAUGUCAUCGACAUUAAAUUUGCGUAUUUGAGAAUGUUAUCACAAGAUAGUCACUGA